CCCCCCCCCCCCCAAAAAAAAAAUCCUUUAACCCUCCCACCUUUGCUCUCCCCUGUGGACUGACAGAGAAGAGGAGGUUUUUGUGUGUGCCUUGGGAAUGUGUGUCAUCCAUCAGCGAUGGAUAUGCAGCAACCCACUGUUUAGAAGGUGACCAUGACAAUAUUCCAUAUCCCAGCUAACGAUUGGAUAAACCAAUCAGAGAAGCACCCUUCCACAGGUGUUAUGACGGGGCUUCUCGUUUGUUGUCAUUGAAGGGGUCUUGUUUUUGAGUCCGUCACCUGAAAUCUGGAGGAGUGGGCGUGUUCCUGGAAAUUGUGACUAUAUAUGAUGGAUUACUACACUGUCAGGGGAAAAGACGCAUCAAGAGAAAGAAAGGGGAGCCUUGCUUUUUCUGGCUGCUGGUAGGCUUGGCAUCAAAGGACCCAUAGAUGAUUCGAAACAGACUAAUGGAGUGAGAAACUGAAGAGGAACUCGCACGAAACGAGAGAGCAAUGACCACAGAGAGAAGCGACUAAUGGUACAUAUAUGCUGAGCUGGUCACUUAGCAGGGGAGCUAACUCGCACAAGGACGGUCGGACUCAGAAGGAUGGAAGAAGAUGCAGGAAUGCAAGACGUUGGGAUGGGCCUGCGUGUGCAGGUGUCCCCCACGCAGACGGCGUUCUACAUCAUCCUGGUCCUGCUCGGCAUCCUGGGAAAUGCCACGGUGAUCGGCGUGGUCGGGGAAAGUGUGAUCCGCGAGGGUGCGAGCGGAAGGAGUUCUGACAUCAUUCUUGUGAACAUGUCGGUGUCAAAUUUGUUGGUGUCCAUAAUGAGGAACUCGCUGCUGGUGCUGUCUGACCUGGGACUGGAGUUAUACUCGUCCGAACAGUGGUGCCGGUUGUUGAUGUGCGUGUGGGUGUGGCUUCGCUCCGUCAACGUUUGGUCGACUUUUUUCCUCAGCGCUUUCCACCUUCAGACCCUACGCCGCGUAGCUCCUACUAUCGGACACCUGUACGGCCCGCGGAGGCUUCCUAAGCCCCUGAUGCUGGGGCUAAGUCUGAUUUGGGGUCUCAACCUGUUGUAUUCGGUCCCUGCUUUUAUCUACUCCACCAGCGGUGAUCGGAACUCCACUGAGACGUUGAUGUUGAUCAGCAGUACAACACGCCCCCUGCUGGGCUGUGUGUGGAAUUUCCCUUCACCGUAUGGCGGGCUGGCCUACGCCACAACUUCCAUGGUGAUCCACGAGACCAUCCCCAUCAUCCUAAUGUCCAUCACCAACCUGGGUUCUCUCUAUACACUCUAUGCUCACGGACGAGCGCGAACCACCUCCCACCUGACGCAGAACGCCCCCGUGAUUCGCAGAGUCCCAGCCGAGAGGCGGGCCGCCAAGGUGAUUCUGGCCCUCAUCAUGUUGUUCAUUGUGUCCUGGGGAACCAGCAUCAUCUCAGUGAACUACUUCAACUACAACCGUGGCUCCUCAGCUGAAUUUCUCCUGGUUGUGGCACGCUUCUCAAACACCACCUUCAUCGCUCUCUCACCCGGCGUGCUGGCCAUUGGGCACCGACGCCUCCGAGCUGUAAUUAAGUCUAUACUCACAAACUGACAAGGGCUGAAUUUUCACAGUCAGACCACGACGGUGAAUGAAGAAGGGCCAAAAACACACCUUUUUUUUCUUGUGGAGUUUACAGUGGAAAGACAUGCUCAAAUUCUUCCUGCCAUAAAUUUCAGAUGAUGAUGGACAGAGAAAGGGACAGAGUAUGGAAGUUAAACUUCCAGUCGCUUUAUAAACAUGAUUUAACAUGUGUCUAGUUGGACUUUAUGAAAGGACUACUAUGUUUCAAACCUACAAAAAACCAAAUCACCCUAUGCCCAAGCUGAAGUUCACAAGAAUUCCUUAAGUAUGUGAAUGAGAAAAAGGUCAGUUGGGGUACCGCUAUAAUUAUUGAAUCUGUAUUUUGAAUAUUUACAAACAGUCAAGCUUCAGAACCUCUGCUCUAAAAACACCAGGGAUUGCUGGCUUUUUCACAAAAUGAAAAAACACGAGCUUUUAUUUUGUUUUUAAGCUUUUUUACUUAUUAGAGUAUGUCCCAUUUUUUCUGUUAGCCUGCUUCAUUCUGACUCUUACCAGCCUUGCGUUAGACUUGUUGUUGAGACUUCCUAAGACACAGAUUGUCAAAAAUCGUAUUCUACAAUGACAGAG